AAUUUAAAAUACGGAGUGUUGAAAUAUAAUUGAAUUAGUCAUCUUCCAACUAUUCCUGAUUAGGAAUUAUUAUCACCAUUACAUAAAUAAUCAGGAAAUCAUAAUUAUGAUUCUAGAUGAUAAUUGUGUGGUUCACAAUUAUCCUCUAAUCCUAUGAAGCUUAACUUUUCUCCUAUAAAUAGGAGGCUUCUCCAUUGUAAUUAACACACCAUGGUUACACCAUUAUCACACUUCUAAUAACAUCUUUCUCACUAAGUAUUCAGACUAUACUUUAUCUCCCUGAUCUUCUGCUUAUUUCCUUCCAUAUUAUAACACGUUAUCAGCACGAAUUUGCUCCAAAUCCGUGAAAUCAUCAUCUUCCUAGCAGAUAUGGAGUUAACUAAAAUUUCUCCAAGUGGCUCUGAACAAUGUCUAAUAGACAGUGCCACAACGCACAUCAUUUUGAGACAUAGAGAUUAUUUUUCUCAUAUGACAUUAGUUGAUGCUAAUGUCAAUACAAUCUCAGGUGUUGCUAAACUCAUUGAAGGUUCUGGAAUAGCCUGUGUGAUUCUCCCAAAAGGGACAAAAUUAAUAAUUAAAGACGCUUUAUACUCUAGUAAAUCACGGAGAAAUCUUUUGAGCUUUAAAUAUUUGCGUCUAAAUGGUUUUCAUAUUGAAACCAUGUCUGAAAAUCAGAAGGAAUAUUUAUGUCUAACGACAAAUAGAUCUGGCAAUAAAUACAUUUCUGAAAAAAUGC